GGACAGGAAGGGGCGGAGCCCACGCAGCCCCCGCGCCGCGAGGGAGGCAGCGGCAGCGGCAGCCGGAGGCCGCUGGCAGGGCAAGGGGGAGCGGGUGGCCACGUCGUCCCGGCACGGCCCGACCUGGCUCGGGAGUGCGCGGAGCUGCGGAGAGCCUGGGCCGGGUGGGACAACGCCAUGGUCCCCGCCGACGUCCCGUCCGCCUUGGCGCUCAGCGCUGUGGGCCCCGCGGCCGCCACCCCGUACGGUGUCUUCUGCAAGGGGCUCUCCCGGACCCUGCUGGCCUUCUUCGAGCUGGCCUGGCAGCUGCGCAUGAACUUCCCGUACUUCUACAUCGCGGGCUCGGUGAUCCUCAACAUCCGCCUGCAGGUACACAUUUAGGGCCGCGCCUGCCGGGCCGGGCCUCCUCGGGCACCCGCAAGAUGGCCGCCCCGCGCGCGGCGCCGCCGAGACGCGCGAGAGGAGCGCGCAGACUCGCGGGAGCGCGCCCCGGCCGCCCCUUCCCGGGAUCUGGAGGUGGGGGAAGCUUGCAGAGUCUGUUAGGAGCCGAGACGUUCCAGGAGCGGAGAAGCUGGGACCCGAGGAAGUAUCCGAGGAAUACACGUCCGCCAACCCCUGGGGAACCUUAGCAUCUGACGGAGGGCACAGGCUGCGUUAUGAGACAGGAACACUAAGUUUCUCCAGAACACAGAUUUACAACAAACUUGGGUUCUGAAUUGAUCUUUGGGAAUUCUGGACUGUGAGCUUAGUCCUUGAGUCAGAGGCCUGUUCCUUGCCAGGAAUGUGAUCUCAAAAGGAUGUAUCUCUUCCUCCCACAAGAGGAUACAUUGGAGCUGGGGGUCAAAGCCGGACUACACGAAAGCUUGUUCCCAGUGCAAACACAACAGCGGGAUUUUGAACAAAUGGUGGCAGAGUGUGGGGAUAUCCCUGUCAGAGAGACAGUUGGAGCCAAAGAAAAGGAAGUUCAGUCGUGGCAGAAAAAUGGACUGUGCUCUCAUAGUCAUGCAAAUGGACCAAAUAUGGCUUUUUCCUGGGAGUACUUAAUUCUGGUUACAGAGUAAAAUGCAGAUGUUACAAACCUUGUGAAAAUACAGUUGACAAGUGGGAAGACAAGAAACUAAAUGGAAUGGCGGAGCCCUUGUGGAGGGGGGCGGUACUCUUGAGAGUGACUAGGACAUUUUGUGGAUUAUGGACAGCCAUAAAGUUUCUAACUGCUAAACAGACGGGGGUAACCACAUGAAGUACACAGGAAAUGUCCAAAGAUGAAGUGUUCUGAAUGUCCAAAAAAGAGCAAAUACCUGGUGUGUGUGAAUGUAUGCUAGAGAUUUAUCCAAGUCUGGGGUGAGUUAGUACUUAUAUUUUAUUUUAAAAUUAAAACUGAAGUCAUUAUAAACCCCAUGAGAAAUAAAAUAUAGUCAUAAAUUAUGCUGCCCUACCUCGUGUGACUGAUACUGUACCUGUAAGAUAAGUACUUGCUUAACAAGAAAUGAUUAUGUAACACUGGGGGACUUGAAGAGGAAAAGGAUGUAAUAUAAUGAUGGAAAGUUCACCAAGAACUAUUACAGAGGGCUGGAGAUUUGGUUCAGUUGGAGAAUAUUGCCUACCAUGCACAAGGCUCUAUGUUUGAUCCCCAACACUACAAAAAAGAUCUAAUAUAUAAAAAGCAGCAUAAACUACAAUUAGGAAAACCAAUGCAGAAACACGUAAGAGUUAAAAGAGUUAUUUCUGAAGAAAACAAAUGAAAAUAGGAAGAGGAAAAGCAGGAGUUCGUUCUUUUUUGUUACCAAUCUAACAUUAUUGUGUGAUUCAUUUUUAACCAUGUAUGUGAUUUUCUUCAAUUAAAAUCUAAUUUAAAGCCGGGCGGUGGUGGCGCACGCCUUUAAUCCUAGCACUCGGGAGGCAGAGCCAGGCGGAUCUCUGUGAGUUCGAGGCCAGCCUGGGCUACCAAGUGAGCUCCAGGAAAGGCGCAAAGCUACGCAGAGAAACCCUGUCUCGAAAAACCAAAAAAAAAAAAAAAAAAAAUCUAAUUUAAAAUAUUUCAUUUUAAAAAUUUCCCCAGGUAAUAUCUCCCACAGGUUAAAUGACACAGAAAGCUCAUGGGAUUGAAAUUGUAAAUCAUACAGGACAGUUAGUGCUUGAUACUAUUAAUAUAGAAGUAUUCUGCCUACUCAAGCUUGGAAAUAAUUUCAUUUCUACUUGUGAUUUUCCUUACAUAUAAAUGUAAUUGUAUUCUUUCAAAACUCAUGUAAGAUGAAUAUAUACUGUUACAGGCUCGA